GCCGAGCUCUACGUGGGUCCUGGUACAUUUCUGCGUUGAAGGGAAGCCUCAUCAGAGCUCCCGAAGCCUCUGGUAGCUCCUCUGGUCCAACUCUCCAAAAACCACCCUAAACACCCCACAAAAAAAUUCUCCAGAGAAAAAGAAGUCCUUCGGAGAUCCGUCUGUAUUGCAUUGGAUCUUGACCAAGUUGUUCAGCGUAACAGCCCACAAAGUAUUGCCACCAUGCACUACCUCGGAAUGAACAGUCCAAUCUCAGUGACAGAUAAUGCUGGUCCUCAGCAGGGAGUCUCUCAGCACUGUCUCUUGAUCCGAAACGCUGCCUACUUCAAUCGAGAAGGCGCUACCCGCCUCGUUACUGGGGACUUGGACGGCGCGUUUGCUCCUCUCUUUGCAGCUCUCGAGACGCUGGCUCUUGCCGGGGGCUUGCUGCCGUCGCAGGGGAUCCUAUCUGCCUACUUUGCUCGAACGUUUCCCUUCGAGCAAGCGCCGAAGCGUCCGUCUCCAAAAAACACCCGCCCCAGCCGUGAUGAAGGAUCCUACUUUGUCUACGGAAAUCCAUUCGUCUUCCAACCCAUCGAUGUGGAUACCCCUGAGUAUGCCACAAACUGUACUGCGGUCUGUUUGUUCAACCUGGCGCUGGCAUAUCACAAGAGAGGUCAAUUGGCAGACUCUCAAUCUCUCUUUCGUGCCCGAACCCUCUACGCCAUGAGCCUUCAGUUGGUGGACAGCAUGUCCUGCCAGGCGGCGUGUGCCAAUCUCAAGGUCGCUGGAACCAACAACAAGGCCCACGUUCACUUUGAAGUAAGUGAUGUGGGCGAUGCCAAGAAUACCCUUCGAGAUCUUUUGAUUAUCCUCGGCACCAAGGGCCAUCCACCACCCUUUGCCGAAGAUGAAAUUGAAAAGUUCUACAUGAACAUUUUGCACCUGAAUGGAUCCACGUUGGCGGCUGCAGCCUGAUUACAAAAAUACAAUCGAGAGCCCUCCUUAUCAUCCUCCUGAACAGCAUAUCCUUGCUUCUGACCAAACUCUGUACAUACAUUACAGCAAGGGAAAGGCGAAAGCUACCCACAAAACUCCAAGCAAGAACGAGAACGUCCCUUAUUCUAUUUACUUUUUCAGCUUGUUGGAUUCCCAGUACAUUGUAUAGACCUUUACAUUUUCUAAACGUUACAAUUAAGUUAUAGUGAACAACAUCAUCUAUCU